CAGACUAAACUAUGAACACUAACAGUAGGAGCAUCGAGCUUUCCUGCUUAUGAUAAUUUAUAUGGUUUUACUCGCUUUUUCUUUUUUAUGAUACAUUGUUUGGAAUAGCAGUAUGUUUUAUCGUAAUUUCUGUUACUGUCAAAAUAUUUUGAAGUUACAUCAUGGCGACUCGAAAACGUUCACCAAUUUUAUAUUCUACUUGGAAUUUAGUACAGAAAAUUAUAUUUCACUAAAUACUCUGCCAUGAGACAAGAUCCAUCUUCAACAUGAUUUCAGAAAAUAGCGUUCAUUUCACUUUUGAUGGUGGAAAUACAUAUGAUGUCGUUGAACCCCAAACCGCUGCAGAAACUCAAAUGAAUAGUUCAAGAUCUAUUCACUCUGAGAAAGAAAUCGAAAGUCUCAAAUUGAAGAUUGCUCAGCUUGAGGCCGAAGCUUUAGACAAGAUAAAAAUUUUCAAUGAAGAGAAGAGUACUCUUGAAAGCAAUGUGGUUCGCCUCAGGGCCCAGGUGGAGCGGGGCGAGGCGACUCGCCAGAAUCUGGAGUAUGAGUUGACUUUGGCAAAGAAGAACGCUAAUCAGGUGAAGAGGCUGGCUGCAGAAAAGGAUGGCGAGGUAUUAAACAAUAUGGCCUCGUUGAAAGAACAACUCUCGGAGAACAUGAGUAGAUUUGAUCAACUUGAAAAGGAGCUUGAAAAUUGUAAAAAGUCACGGAAGAAUGAGACUAUUCAAUGGAAGAAACAUCUGGAAGUGAAGGAUGAUGAAUUGAAUAAGAUGGCUAAAAAACUGGAAGAUUUUCAGAAAGAAUCGCUUCAUUUGAAUAAAAUGCUGCACCAACAACAAAACGCUCUAGUGGACAUGCAAGAAAAAUGUUCGUCUUUAGAAGCGCAAAGACAAAGUCAAAGCAAUACAUUACGUCAUCAGGCUAAAGAUAUCGAGUUUAGCGUUGAAAGGGAGGAGAGGCUAAAGACAGAACUCGAGCAAGCUCGCGAAAGAAUAAAAAGUCUCGAAGAGCAUGUUGAAGCUGAGAGAGCGUCCCAUUUGGAGACGAAAUUUAAUUCUGAAGUCAUUCAGCUUCGAGCCAGUGAGCUUGAGGCCGAUGCUGAAGUGAAGUCGACUUCAUUGAAAGAAGCGAUGGCGACCAUUGACAACUUUUCUCAGCAGAACAAAGAUUUUGAAGAAAGACUAAAAAUUGAACAAGAAAGUCAUGCGGACGCAGUUGCAAAACUGACCAAGCUGCAAGAAAAGUAUGUCGUGGAGAAGAAGAAGAUAAAAGGAGAUCUGGAGGAGAAACAGAAUAUCAUUAAAGAACUGUCUCAAAAGCUGGAGGUUCAUCAACAAGAUUUUGACACCUUGAAACGAGAACUAACGCAGGCCAAAAGGCAUCAAAACGAAUAUGACAUAAACUACAAUGAGUGUGUAAGCCAACUUCAGUCUUUGCUCACAACGUUUGGUGGAUCAAAAUCGCCGGGAAAAAAGAAACUUGGACGUGAUAAAGACGAUAGCACACAUUUAUUUCAUGAUAUACGUCAAAUGUUGUUGGACUUUCAAACUUCACAAACCAACGCAGUGAACGAGGCAAAACAGUUGAAAAUAAAGCUGGAAAACCUCACCCGUGAAAAUAAUGGCUAUCAGAACUUAGUAUGGUCGAGAGAUCAAGCUGUCGAGGACGUUAAACAAGCUGCAAAAAAAAUGAAAGAAGAACUCUAUGAGAGUCGAUUACAGCUUACAGAGAAGCAGAAAGAUUGCUCUAAACUCGAAAUACAAAUACAGGAAAUGAAAAAAGCGUCAGAUGAGGAACGUGAAAAAUCCUUUAGGCACAAUCAAGAGGUGUCAAAGUUGCAAAGCAAGUACGCCAACGAGAACAUGACCCGCUUGUCGUUUCUACACACGAUCUACCAAUGCCUUGUGGCAGGGCAGACCCAUCAACCCAAUCUAAAUGGUGGAUCAUAUCAGGAAUUCUCUUGGGAAGAUAUGAUGCGAUUGUUGUCCGAUCAAGUCUCCACUCAUAUCUCGGAACUUAACAGAAACAAAGAGAAGGUGAAAUACCUUGAAGAAGCGCUGGAUAAGAAAGAUACUCACAUUAAGACUACUCAAGAUGAACACGAGGCUACGAUUAAGAAGUUAUCUGAGACUCUAAAAGAGAGAGAGAUGACGUGGAAGACACAAAGUCGUGAGAUGGAGGUGCAUUAUGGGAAAUUGAUUACGGACCUUCAUAAUCGAGUUCAGAAAACGCAGGGCGUUGCUGAUGAAUCUUGGCAAAAUGUACAACAGUUGAACGCGAUGAGAGAAGAGCUUGAAGUGCAAAAUAAAACGUUAAAAAAUUCACGGAAGAAGUACAUUAAAGAGAAGACAGCUUUACUUGCUUCGUGUACCUUACUCGCUGGCACUUUAUGGCCGCUGUGUAAGCGAAUGGAGAAUUUAAUAACUCAAAAAAGAUCCCUUACCGACGUCAAUUUACGUCUCUCGAAGCUACACAAGCAUACAAUAUUCCUUUGUGAUACGCUAAACAGUGAGCUCAGUGAUAAUGCGAGUUCAGUGCUGACCAACAGUUCAUUGUUGUUGAAAUUUCGUGUUGGUGUGAUUGUCAUCCUUGCAUUGCAUCGUUUUAUCAACAUUACCAGACGACAAAAGACCUGCUUUACCGUGGCUGUAGGCAUUCAGACAAGUCUCGUUGCGCUUUUUAGAGAGCCAAAAACCGUUGGAGCAGAUUUUCUUGGAAUUUCCAAAAACAAUCACGUGCCUUUAGCACGUGGUAUGGAAAUGUCUAGCACGUGGGUGAAUGAUGAUCAGCUGUUGUCCAAUGUUGUUACGAGCAUGAACGAUCUCUGUGAAAUGAUUAUGCGACGCGCUGAUAAAGAUCCUUCCUACUCUUGGAAUCCCGAGUUCAAUGAAGGUAUAAGAAGAAUAGCCAAGCAUUGUUAUCAAAACUUAUUGUGGCAACUGUGGGCGAUAUUUGAUGACGAUAGUAAACAUUUACCUGAUGAGUCUCGUCAUCAUUCCAGUACUUGUCUUACGGUCCUUCUUGGUAAUGGUCUUCAACGGUGCUUGAGAAGAACUGGCAAGUCAAAACAUUCUCGUUACCAUAACCCCGAGGAGGUGGUGAAGACGCUGCAAGGUUUUGUCCUAAGUCUAACCCAGCGUCUUCACAAAUUGGAAGUCGAAAGACGAGAUUUGAGAAUGAAAACGAGUGAUAUAAAAUCUGAGAAUGAAGCACUAAGAACAUCGGUUGAGAAAAGACAACAUGAAAAUGAGAAAGCUCUUGGAGAUGUGGAAGAUUUACGGCACAAGUUAACUUCCGCUGUUCCACGCGGCGAGUUUGAUAAGCUUUAUGCUGAAUUGACCAACGCUCUUGAGCGUGAGAAACGAGCUCAGGAUAUUCUAAAUGAGCAAUCUGAGCAACUCAAGAUCAUGGAGCAAAAGUUAAACACAGUUCAUAACAAUAGUGAGGAAACGGCCAUUACGCUUGCGCAGGCCGUCAAGAAUUUGUCCGAGGCAAGGAUGGAAAUCAAGCGUAAAGAACAAAGUGUCCGUAUGAUCACAAAAGACAGUAGACUGGCUGAGAGCGAGAAGAGGUUGCUACAAGAAAAACUAAAUGAUGCUGAAAAAGCAACGAAUGCAGCAGCGAGGGAAAAAGAAACCGCGCUCCGUUAUUUGAAAAACGUUCAGAAACGUUUGGACGAGAAUAAGACAGCGAUAAAACAGACACGUGAUGGUUUCUACGAUCUGUCGAAGUUUUUGUUAGGCGACACAAAACUAACGACGGAGGGAUGUCCUUUGGGAUCUACAUUAUUGGCGUGUCAGAGUGUCGUGAAUGGUUUCCUUGAAGUCCACCAACAGACAUUAAUCAUGGUCACUCGGGCAGAUGCAGAAAAACAAGCCGCGCAACUGAAGGUUGAAAAUCUUGAAAGAGACGUGACUUCGUGUCAGGCUCAUAUCAACACUCUAAAAGACGAACUGACUGCAGCCUGUCAAAGACACUGGAGUGAUGACGAGGAUGUUCAUGGAAUAUCCAUUGCACGCAAUGAACCAAUGAGAUCUCACGACAAGAAGAAUGGCCAUAACGAGUCCCGUGAUCAAAAUGAAAGUGAUAGUUACAAUCAAGAUUUUCGACCUUUAAUGAGAUAUGAUUCGUUUUCGCAAAUCAAGUCUCCGAAAAAGACAAGUGACAAAUCUUCUCGUUCACGGUAACUGUGCAUCAACACUCUGUGUUUUUCACCGUCAAUUUAUGAAUGAAACGUCGAAGGAAAACCAUUUGUGAAAAGUUAUCGAUCAACGCAAAAUUCAAAGAGAUAAUCGUAGGACUAUCGAGGUGCCCUUCUUUGAUAUUAUUUUUAUGCUUUUUUGUAUCUGAAUUUUUGUAUACAUUACAAGUGAUGUGUGUUUUUUAAAGGAAGUAAUAUAUAUAUUAGGAUUUAUGUAGAAAUCCUCAAAUAUUGCAUGCAUAAUAUAUUAUUUUUUAUAUAUUUAAAAUAAAUUUCCAGUUUUGUCAAA